CAGAAACUCCAUUGUUUAGUACUACUCUUUGAUUAAUUAGCAAUUAUCGUCCAUGGAUUGCAAUAAAGAUUUUGCUCAUAGCUACAUGCUCUUGAAGCCUGAAGAGGUAAAUCUAUUCGAUCUCUUUAAAAUCUUGUUCUCCACUGACAUCGAGAACAGAAAAUUUGUGGAUAGCAAAGCAAAGGACGAGACUUUUGAGCGUCGAUGGCUCAUGUUCAUCUCCAUUGUGGUUCAGAAGCUUCUGCAAUUUGGGUCCAAGCCAUUGUCAUGGGUUGGUUCAUGGUUCGAAAUGUGCCUUAACCUUGUUUCAAGCAAUCGCAAUAUUGGUGUGCUCUUCUUGAAUGUCUUCCAAGGGAGUGUAGUGGUGCCCAGCAAAACCUCUGCGGCAUUCAUUUCGUUUAUUGGAAAUUUCGACAAGAGAGUUGAAUUGGACAGUAGCAUCAAACAUGGAGAUGGCAGCAGAUAUUUUGCAGCACUAUCCAUGAUGGCUUCUAAAGCAUCUUAUGAGAACAUUGCCUAUAUUAAAACUAUAGUCCAGGAUCAUUGGAAGAUGGAGUUCUUGGGUUCUUAUGACUUCUGGAAUGAUUAUCAAGAAAAAGCAACAACACAAGCUUUCCUUCUUCGAGACAAAACAAAUGAGCAGGACACAAUUGUUGUGGCAUUUAGAGGAACAGAACCAUUCGAUGCCGAUGCAUGGUGUUCCGACUUCGACAUUUCCUGGUACGAAAUCCCCGGAGUUGGAAAUAUUCAUGGAGGUUUCAUGAAAUCUCUAGGCCUACAAAAAUCUGUCGGCUGGCCUAAAGAAACCAGCGAAGAAGACGAUAAACGCCCCGCGCCCUUAGCUUACUAUGCCAUUAGAGAGAUAUUAAGAGAAAUAAUGGUGAAUAAUGAGACAAAGUUCAUCUUGACAGGCCACAGCCAAGGAGGGUCGCUGGCAAUUUUGUUUCCAGCAGUGUUGGCGUUGCAUGAGGAGAAAUUGUUGUUGGAGAGAUUGGAAGGAGUUUACACGUUCGGACAGCCAAGAGUAGGAGAUGAGAGAUUCGGACAGUAUAUGGAGAAGAUGUUGAGAGAUCGUGGCAUCAAAUAUUUCAGAUUUGUUUAUGGUAAUGAUGUUGUUCCUCGUCUGCCUUAUGAUGAUAAAGCACUUAUGUUCAAGCACUUUGGGACCUGUGUUUACUAUGACCGUCACUAUGAAGGGAAGAUUGUUGGAGAAGAGCCAAACAAGAAUUACUUCUCUCCACUAAGGGCAAUACCCAUGAUGAUAAACGCUUUCUUUGAGUUGAUAAGGAGCUUCACUAUUUCGUACACAAAGGGACACGAUUACAAAGAAGGAUGGCUUCUCUGGACAUUUCGGGUAAUCGGAUUGGUCGUCCCGGGUUUGCCCGCCCAUUCAACCCAAGAUUACGUAAAUGCCACUCGUUUGGGAUCUCCAGAGCUACUUGUAUCCACUUAUACAAACAUUACCCAGUAAUGGUUAUGGCUUAUGUGUGCGUGUGUGUGUGUAUAUAUAUAUCUUUGUGCAUAUCAUGCAAAUUAACUUCUUCUCCAUCCCCUAUCUGUUUGAUCAGCAGAGUUGUGAUGAUGUAAAGUACUUUAGAUAUAAUAUCGUGGAACUCUGG